GGCUGCCGGCCAAUGGGCAGUGAGGAUGUUUUCAGGGGCAGACGCCGUAGCAGCCCCUCCCCCGCCCCAGCAGCUCCGGCGGCGGCGCCCGGGCGCGCAGAGCGGGCAGAGUUUCGCAGCCGGGUGGGAGAUGCCGCUCUGGCUCCGUCUCCUUGCAGAUUUGCAGCCAACAUAAUGCUGGAGCUCCACACUCGAAACAAGCAUUUCACAGAAUGGCACAAUCAGAAUUUAAUUUGGAUCAUGAAAUAUCAUGGUUUGUGCUUCCCUCUUAUUGGGCUAAAAUUAUUGUUGGACUCAUUUCCUGCAUGUGUUUUGCUAACAGCUACGAUGGAGAUUUUGUCUUUGAUGACUCUGAAGCUAUCAUCAAUAAUAAGGACCUCAGAGCAGAAACUCCACUUGGUGACCUGUGGCAUCAUGACUUUUGGGGUGGCAAACUCAGCAGCAAUACCAGCCACAAAUCAUAUCGACCUCUUACUGUCCUGACUUUCAGAAUUAAUUACCUUUUUGCUGGAGGCUUUCACCCAGUGGGUUUUCAUGUCAUCAAUAUAAUACUGCAUUGUGCUAUCUCUGUAUUAAUGGUUGAUGUCUUCUCGAUAUUAUUGGGUGGGCUGCAAUACAGCAGUAAAGGAAGAAGGCUAAACCUUGCUCCAAAAGCAUCUCUUCUAGCUGCUUCACUGUUUGCUGUGCAUCCAGUGCAUACUGAAUGUGUUGCAGGGAUUGUUGGCAGAGCAGACCUGCUGUGUGCCCUGUUCUUUUUGUUGUCUUUCCUUGGCUACUGUAAAGCCUUUAGAGAAAAUAAGGAAGGGAACCAUUUUUCUAUACUCUGGGUACUGGCGAGUGUUCUUCUUGGUGCAAUAGCCAUGCUGUGCAAAGAACAAGGAAUUACAGUACUGGGCUUGAAUGCUGUAUUUGAUGCUCUGGUGAUUAACAAACUAAAUAUUUUGGAACUUAUUCAAAAGGUACUACAUACGGACAAGUCAUUGGAGAAUGUUGGGUUGUUUAAAAAGGGACUCCUCUUCAGGAUAACUCUACUGUUGUCUGGAGGGGCCACUAUGCUCUGCAUGCGCUGGAGAAUUAUGGGCACAGGACCACCCGCUUUUACUGAAGUAGACAACCCAGCUUCAUUUGCAGACAGCUUGUUUGUGAGAGCUAUAAACUAUAAUUACUACUAUUCGUUGAAUGCAUGGCUGCUGCUGUGUCCCUGGUGGCUGUGUUUUGAUUGGUCAAUGGGCUGCAUACCCCUUAUUAAAUCAGUCAGUGACUGGAGAAUAAUUGCACUAGCAGCACUUUGGUUCUGCCUAAUUGCCCUGAUAUGCCAAGCUCUGUGCUCACAAGACAGCCAUAAGAGAAGAAUUCUUACACUGGGACUGGGAUUUCUUAUUAUCCCUUUUCUUCCUGCAAGUAACCUGUUCUUCCGAGUAGGAUUUGUUGUUGCAGAGAGAGUCAUCUACCUCCCCAGUAUUGGCUAUUGUAUGCUACUUACAUAUGGAUUUAGUCUAUUGAGCAAACAAGCUAAGAAAAAGAAAAUGCUUGCUGCUGCUGUACUAGGAAUCUUGUUGAUCAACGUGUUGCGCUGUGUUAUCCGCAGUAACCAGUGGAGGUCUGAAGAACAGCUUUUUAGGAGUGCUCUGUCAGUGUGCCCUCUUAAUGCUAAAGUGCACUACAAUGUUGGCAAAAACUUGGCUGAUAAAGGCAAUCAAACAGCUGCAAUCAAAUACUACAGGGAAGCUGUAAGGUUGAACCCCAAAUAUGUACAUGCCAUGAACAACCUUGGAAAUAUCUUGAAAGAAAGAAAUGAGCUCCAGGAAGCAGAGGGGCUGCUGUCCUUAGCUGUGCAAAUACAGCCUGAUUUUGCUGCUGCAUGGAUGAAUCUAGGAAUAGUACAGAAUAGUUUAAGAAGGUUUGAAGAGGCAGAGCAAAGCUACUGGACUGCAAUUAAACACAGGAAAAAAUACCCAGAUUGUUACUACAAUUUAGGACGGUUGUAUGCGGAUUUGAAUCGCCACAUAGAUGCAUUGAAUGCAUGGAGGAAUGCUACAGUUCUGAAACCAGAGCAUAGUUUGGCUUGGAACAACAUGAUUAUAUUGCUUGAUAAUACAGGGAAUUUAGCACAAGCUGAAGCAGUUGGAAGAGAGGCCCUGGAACUGAUACCUAAUGAUCAUUCUCUUAUGUUUUCUUUGGCAAAUGUACUGGGAAAAUCACAGAAAUAUAAGGAAUCUGAAGCUUUGUUCCUCAAGGCAAUUAAAGCCAAUCCAAAUGCAGCCAGUUAUCAUGGUAAUUUGGCUGUGCUUUACCAUCGCUGGGGAAAUCUUGACUUAGCCAAGAAACACUAUGAAGUCUCUCUGAAGCUUGACCCUGCUGCACCCGGGACCAAGGAAAACUACAGCCUCUUAAAAAGAAAACUGGAACAAUUGCAAAAGAAAGGCAAUGUCUGAUGUUUCUUUCUAGGCUGUCAGUGCAUGCUGCGUACCUUUAAUGUUACAGGGCUACUUUUAACCAUGUAAGGGAUUCAGUCACAGAGUUUUAAAAAUAAUAAUUACAGCACCACUAAAGCACACUCAAAUGCUUGAUUUGGUCUUACAUUGGAAAUGUAUCUUUUUUUCAGUUGACUCAACUGUAGAUUCUAAAAUUUCAGCUAAAAAAAUGUUAUCUUUUCUGGUUUUGUUUUUUGAAAUCUUGAACUGUUUUCAAAGCCCAUUAAAUACACUGACAUGGGUAUGUGAAAUUAAUGUAGGGUGGAGUUUCAAAACUGUACUUCACAACACUAUAAGUAAAUAGCAGAGUUUAUUUUCAUAUGCAGUUGACUCCUUCAUCUGACUUUUAGCAUCAAUAUAGAAUACUAAAAUGGAGAAAGUGACUUGGAAGAAAUGGCACUUUCCUACUUGAAAAUGUGAUCCCUUACACAUAUGCGGAGUCAUAGAUAUUUACUUCAGAGAGUGAAGUGGAUUAAA